ACGAGGUGGCGGAGUGAGAGGCGACGCGAGGCGGAUCAGGCCGGGAGGCCGGUCGCGUUUGUUGUCAUCCUUAAGAUGGAGUUUCUGCUGGGGAACCCCUUCGCCACCCCGGUGGGGCAGAGCCUGGAAAAAGCCACGGAUGGCUCCCUACAGAGCGAAGACUGGACACUGAACAUGGAGAUAUGCGACAUCAUCAAUGAGACAGAAGAAGGCCCGAAGGAUGCUGUUAGAGCGCUCAAGAAGAGGCUGAAUGGAAACAGAAACUACAGAGAAGUGAUGCUCGCUCUAACAGUCCUGGAAACUUGUGUAAAGAACUGCGGCCACCGCUUCCAUAUCCUCGUAGCCAACCGAGAUUUCAUAGAUGGUGUCCUGGUUAAAAUAAUUUCACCUAAGAACAAUCCUCCCACCAUCGUUCAAGAUAAAGUCCUUGCCCUGAUUCAGGCUUGGGCUGACGCCUUUCGAAGCAGCCCCGACCUCACCGGAGUCGUGCACAUUUACGAAGAGCUGAAGAGGAAAGGCAUCGAGUUUCCCGUGGCGGAUCUGGACGCCCUGUCUCCAAUACACACCCCACAGAGAAGCGUUCCUGAAAUCGACCCGGCUGCCAACAUGCACAAGUCACCAUCUCAGCAAAAAGUGAGCUCCAGCACCUCCCCGACCUCCUUCCCGGCUCCUCAGACCCCCCCUCUGAACGUGACCGGCCCCAUCCUAGCAACCACGGAACAGAUUGCACGAUUGCGCAGUGAGUUGGACGUGGUUCGUGGCAACACCAAGGUGAUGUCGGAGAUGCUCACGGAGAUGAUCCCCGGGCAAGAGGAUUCCUCAGACCUCGAGUUGCUGCAGGAGCUGAACCGCACCUGCCGAGCGAUGCAGCAACGGAUUGUGGAGCUAAUCUCCAGGGUGUCCAACGAAGAGGUCACCGAAGAGCUGCUCCAUGCCAACGACGACUUGAAUAACGUCUUCCUCCGAUACGAGAGGUUUGAACGAUACAGGCUGGGCCGAUCAGCACAGAAUUCAAGCAACGGAGUCCUCAGCGAGGUGACCGAGGACAACUUAAUAGACCUGGGCCCUGGGUCCCCAGCAGUGGUCAGCCCCAUGGUGGGAAGCACAGCCCCCGCCGCCAACCUUUCCUCUCAGCUUGCUGGGCUCGAUUUGGGCACAAACAACGUGAGCGGGGCCCUCAGCUCGCUCCCCCACAGCAAUCCCCGGGACGACUUCGACGUGUUUGCACAGACAAGAGGAGGCUCCGUGGCAGAGCAGCGUAAAACCAGGACAAGGGAGGAUCCACAAACGGCUAAAGGGGUGGCACCUGCCCCAGAUACCCGGAAACCAAAAUCAGGAGGGAUUCCUGUCCCACAGUCCUCUGUCAUGGAGGACAUUGAGGAGUGGCUGAGUACCGACGUGGAGGGGGAUGAGCUGGAAGAAGGCGUGACCAGCGAAGAAUUCGACCGGUUCCUGGAGGAGCGUGCCAAAGCAGCGGAAAGGAUCCCCAACCUGCCCUCCCCUCCUCAGGAGGAGCCCGCGCUGCCCCCCGCGAACCUGCCUAGCAAAAGGAAGCCGGACCGGUCCGAGGACGCCCUCUUCGCUCUGUAACGGCCCUUCCCACCCCGCCCCGCCCCCCCGCCUCUCCCUGCACCGAAGGAGGCGGUGGCAGCCCAGGGCCAAGAGCCGUCUGGCUAGUGAUGGGCCCCAGCGCAGGUUGCCCGUUUCUCUCCUCCUCUGGGGGCCUCAUCCCCACGUCCUUAACCUUGGGAGGGUCCCGACAGCCAUUCUACCACUCAGAUAGGGCUGGUUCCUCACUUCACGCCCUCCCACGCCCCUGCCUCCCCG